GCCCAACCAACCCAGUGGAAAUGUAAAACUUUGAUGAGGCCUGUUGAGUUGUCCAACGACCAACACUGAACCCACCAAAUUUCCAUACCAAUUCAUUGUUUCUCUCUCUCUCUCUCAAAACUCCCAAUUUUUUUUCCUCUUCUGAUUCCAUUCCAUUCAGCUCUCUACAAAAUGUCAAACUACACACGGGAGUCACACACUGUAGAAACUCCUGAUGGGGUCAAGCUCAGCACAAGAGUUUUCAAACCAAAAGAAGAGAUCAAAGACAACAACCUAGUCAUAGUUCUUGUCCAUCCAUACUCUGUCUUGGGUGGCUGUCAGGCUCUUUUAAAGGGGAUGGCUUCUGGGUUAGCUGACAAAGGUUACAGGGCUGUUACUUUUGACAUGAGAGGAGUUGCAGGGUCAACUGGAAGCGCUUCUCUUACAGGUUUUGCUGAAGUUAAGGAUGUUGUUGCUGUCUGCAAUUGGGUUUCUCAAAAUCUUUCUUCUGACAAGAUCUUGUUGGUGGGUUCUUCUGCAGGAGCGCCAAUUGCAGGUUCUGCAGUUGAUCAAAUUGAGCAAGUUGUGGGCUAUGUGAGUCUGGGGUACCCUUUUGGCAUGAUGGCCUCAAUCCUUUUCGGACGGCACCACAAAGCCAUCCUACAAUCCCCAAAACAAAAACUCUUUGUCAUGGGAACUCGGGAUGGAUUUACCAGCGUCAAACAGCUGAAGAACAAGCUGCAAUCUGCAGCAGGACGCAAUGAAACACAUUUGAUCGAAGGAGUUAGUCACUUUGAAAUGGAAGGCCCAGCUUAUGAUGCUCAGAUGGUGAAUCUUAUCCUUGAAUUUAUUGCUUCCUUGACCUUGUAGGGCAAGCAGACAGUUCUUAGACUAAUGCUUGGUGGAUUGCUGUGAAAAUUUGCCGCCUUAAAACUCUGUUAUUGGUUUUGUAUAUGCUGAUUUUUAUA